AUGGACCCCUGGCUGUUCACAUCAUCUGAUAUGGAUGAGCAGUUUUCAGAGAAUUUCGUCAUCAAGAAAGCGCACUGUGCCAUCAGUGCCACCGCUAGAGAGUUCCAACAACUCAGUUCAUCCGGAGGAGCUGCACAAAGGAAGAGACAGGGCUGCCAUAGACAAAGGAUUAGGGUGUCUUUGGACGAGACGGUCCAUGAUGUGUCGGAUGAUGGGGACGGACAUAAUAACUCCUCUGAUGAGAAAUGA